AUGGAAACGGACGAGAUCGCCGUCUCGACGGUGUUUGUUCCGCCAUCUGUAAAAGACCACCACGAUGAGCUCUUAUCCGGCAAAUCUUAUGCGCAUUACAGCCGCAUCCCUGAGGCCAUCACAAUUCGAAGUCCGUCGUCAUCUGACCCGGGAACACCAUGCGUCCUAGGCGUCGAUGAAGCUGGUCGUGGUCCGGUCAUUGGUCCGAUGGUCUACGGCGUCUACUACCUCCCUGUUGACAUUCAACAAUCCUUGCUUGCCGACACAUAUCACUUCGACGACUCGAAAGUGCUGACUCCGGCAAUCCGAGCAAACCUGACGAAAGCAGUUUGCACCAACGAGCAUGAUCUGUUCAAGUCAUCCGGUUGGGCAAUCAAAUCCCUAUCGGCCCAAGACAUUGGUGCUGGGAUGCUGAGAUAUGGUGGAUCAUACAAUCUCAACGCUCAGGCCAUUGAUGCCACCGUGGAGUUGAUUCGGGGCGUGCUUGAACGCGGAGUCAAUGUCACUGAGAUCUACGUCGACACGAUCGGAAAACCCGAAGUCUAUCAGAAGAAGCUGGCUUUGAUCUUUCCGACCAUCAAGAUCACGGUCGAGAAGAAGGCUGACAGUCUCUUUCCCUGCGUCAGUGCAGCCAGUGUUGUCGCGAAGGUUACCCGAGACGUCAGCUGUGAGGCUCUCCUGGAUGCAUAUACACAACAGCAAGCUGCUUCAUCCCAAGACGAACAUACGACUUGGGGCUCAGGGUACCCAUCGGAUGCCAGGUGUGUUGAGUGGCUCAAAUCCGCCAUUGAUCCAGUUUGGGGUUUUGGAAAUGAAUGCAGGAUGAGCUGGGGUACGGUCAAAGACAUGCUCGAGCAGAAAGAUGGGCCGGCGCGGAGAGCAGAUUGGCCGGAUGACGCUGACGAGGAGAAUACAAGGAUCUCACAGUACUUCGGCGCCAAUGGAACACAGGCACCAAAGACGGAGAAGGAUGAGUUGCGGUCGUGGUUCGGGACAAGGGUCGGACAAGAAGCAUUUUAA